CCCCCCCUUCAACCGUCCAAUGCUCACCGGACUUCUUUGUCAACCUCAAUUUACAUUUCUGAACAUCCAGAAGAGAGCCUCAUCACCACCGGUCCUUCAUACAACAGAUACUAUUCCACCACGCCUGUCUGUCGGCUUUGUGUUGUAGCUCCGAAACAGGGACCUAGGGGUGCCCUUUUGAGCUGCAGGUUGCGAAUCCCCGUUCCUCGAUUUGAAUUUCGCCAGUUAUCCCACCGCCACACUCCUCCAAGCGACUUGAACCUUGACCUUAUCCCCGUCUCGAAAUUUGUGUUUUUCUUUGUAUCCAACACUCCGCUCUCUAAUCUGCCGAACGGCGGCCUGGACGCCAUGAGCAAUACCACCUCUUCCCCUACCUCCGUGCUUGCUACAAACACCUCUUCCCGCACAAAUUCUUCCGCAUCCACCGCAGGUACCAAACGCAAGCGCAAUGUCGUAGGGAAAUACUAUGCCGUCAAAGCGGGCUAUCAGCCGGGGGUUUACUACAGCUGGACCGAUUGCCUGACCCAGGUAACUGGGUACAAGGGAGCCGUUUUCCAGGCAUUUUCUUCUUUCGAUGAUGCGAAAGCCUUUCUCACGGGGGCCACCGUUGGCGCCGGUCGCGGCGGAAACAACUCAAGCUCCGAUCCCCCCAGAUAUUACGGCGUCCAGCGCGGGAGAGUGCCCGGGGUCUACACCGACUGGUCAAAGGCGCAGGAACAGAUUAAAGGGUUCACCAAGCCGCGAUACAAGAAAUUUGCGACCAGAGAGGAAGCCGAGGCAUUCGUGAACGAAGACCAAGGAAACAGCGCCACUUUCGCAAAGGCCGCAAAGUUAUCGGGGGCACCAGGUCUGACAGACGCGGUUCCGACGGAUGCGCAUGGCGUAGCUUUUGAGCCAGGAACCGGACCUUUACCUCCUGGGACCACGGACGGAUUUGAUCCGAAUGUGCUUCUGGAUCCCACCACUGGGAAAGUGAUCUACAAAUCUGCGGAUCAGAAGGCUGCCACAAAGCUACAGUCGAAUGCUCCCCCGGGGAUGUUGCGCAUCUACACCGACGGUAGUUCCCUCAAGAACGGGAGAGCGCUGGCUUCAGCGGGUGUGGGCGUAUAUUUCGGCCCAGGAGAUUCAAGAAAUGUGUCCGAGCCUCUACAGGGUAGCCGUCAAACAAACCAACGAGCGGAAUUGACUGCAAUCCUUCGAGCUCUUGAAAUUGCUCCCCGCCAUCGGGAUGUAACCAUCUUCACAGAUAGCCAGUAUUCCAUCAAGUGCGUGACACUCUGGUAUCGCAAAUGGCGACAGAAUAAUUGGAUGACAGUGGGCAACAAACCCGUGGACAAUAAAGAUCUGGUCGAGUCGAUUUUGUCCAAAAUUGACGAGCGCAACGAGCUGAACGUCCAGACCUUAUUCGAAUGGGUGAAAGGUCACAGCUCGCAUCCAGGCAACGAAGCUGCCGAUCGCCUGGCUGUGAAUGGCGCCCAACGUGGAGUGGCCGAGAAGGCUGCGGCGAUGGCAGCAGCAGCCAAAGAGAUCCCGGAUGAUCUGUUUGAUGAUGAUAAUGACGAUGACGACGAUUUCUAAUGGAGAAUCUACUCAGCUGAAUCCUGGAUGGAAUGGUGCAUUGAACAAUGCUCCGCGCUGGUCUGCUGUUGUGCUGUUGUGGUACUUGAUUUGCGUUACAUUCGAGUAACUCCGUUAUACCUUCAAUGUGUAUUUAGCUUUCUACACUGACAGAUUACCCCUGGAGGGAGAGAUACCAAUGGACUACACUGGAUGCUUAGCUG